UUUGUUAGACACACACAUGCAUAAUAGCUGCCCCCUCCAACCAAAGUCAGCGUGCAUUUCACCAGCAUUUCUUGCUUUCAGGUUGUUGCCCUGAAGCGGAGUAUAUGGAGGCUCCUUUUGAGCACAGUGUUUCUGUACAAAGAGUGUCACAGAUCAGGACUUCCAAUGUUGAUCUGUCUCUCAAGAAGGCCCAACCCUGUGAAAAGUAUGGCUUGAUCUCGAGUGACAUUUUGCAUUUUGCACUGAGCACCGGGAAACUCGUGACAAGCAAAAACUGUACAGGUGUGAUGUGUCUGGGAGAAAACUGCACAUACCUUUAUCAGAAGCAACACGUUGGACAGAAACCCUUCAGAAGCCAUGUGAACACAGCUUUGUUUGUGAAGACCUGCAAACUGAAUGUGGCAGGGAAGACGCUUAUCUUCAGGGAGACUGGGAAGGACUUCAUGGCCAGCUAUGAAUUUCUUCAGCAACAAGGAGAAUUCAAACAACAGAGCCAAGUGUGUGGCAGUUUUUCAGAAGGGAAAGGCUCAAUUAUCAACUCUCAACAAUUGGGAAGAACACAUGAAAUCCUUCAGCCACAAACACAUGCUUGUUUGGCACCAGAGAGUCCUCACUAGAGAAAGUUGUUUUAUGUCCCAUGGAUGUGGGAAAUUGUUUAGCAAAAGUGGUAGCCUCAUUAGACAUCAGAAUUUUCACACAGGAGAAAGAGCUUUCGAGUCUGGGAAGUGUGGAACAUUAUUUAAAAAGUCCCAUGACGUUGAACCCUGGAGAGGAAAAACCAGAGAAAGUCCUUAUGAAUGUACAGAGUGUGGGAAAUCAUUUACCAGAAACUCCCACCUUGUUGCACAUAGGAGAGUUCACACUGGAGAAAGACCUUAUGAGUGUGGUGAAUGUGGAAAAUCAUUUAAGCACAAGUCCAACCUCAUUGUACACCAAAGAAUUCACACCAGAGUAAAGCCUUGUGGAUAUAGUGAAUGUGGGAAAUGCUUUAACCAAAAAUCUAGCCUUAUUGUCCACCAAAGAGUUCACACUGAAGAAAGUCCUUAUCAGUACAACGAAUGUGGAAAAUCCUUCAAACAAAACUCAAGUAUCAGUUUCCAUCAGGAAGUUCAUAUUGGACAAAGGUCUAUUGAGUGCAGUGAAUGUAGCAAAUCUUUUAGCUGCAAAUCUAACCUCAUUAAACACCUCAGAGUUCACACUGGAGAAAAACCUUAUGAAUGUGGGAAAUGUGGAAAAUCCUUUAGCCAAAGUUCAAGUCUCAUUCAAUACCAGAGAGUUAACACUGGAAAAAGGCCUUAUGAGUGCAAUGAAUGUGGAAAACCAUUUAGCCAAAUCUCUGCCUUCUGUUAUCAUCAGAGAGUUCACACUGGAGAAAGACCAUUUAAGUGCAUUGAUUGUGAGAAAUCCUUUGCUGCAUACCUCAGCCUCAUUAACCAUAGGAGAAUUCACACUGGAUAAAGGAUUUUUAAGUGAAGCAAAUGUGGAAAAUUCUUGAGCUAAACCUCUUUGUUCCUUCUUCAAUAGGUCACACUCAAUAGUGGCCUUAUGAGUGUGGGAAUGUGAGAAAUCCUUUAGCCAAAACUCAAGUCUAAGUAUACAUCAGAGUUCACGCUGGGAAAAGCCUUAUGAGUGCAGUGAAUAUGAGAAAGCCUUCAGCUGUAUCUCAUUGGAAAUCACAAAGUUUAUGUAAGAAAAAGUUUAGAUAGGCAGGGAAUGUGCUAAUUCCUUUUCAGUAUAAUGCUAAGGGAGAUCCCUUUUGAAGGUGCCACCUGCCUAUGUUAAACCUCAUACAUUUGCACAGCUGCAUAAAUAGGUAUAUGGGAACUGCAUUGCACUUU